CUUUAAUAGUAGUUGCGAUCCAUUGGUUGGAGUGUAUUUUAUUCUUCUCUAAACCAAAGAAGACUUAAUACCUUUUUCCUUAGCGGUAGAAGAAGUUCUAUUGAUACUGUAACCGCGCUGUGUUCAAUAUGAGGGAAAAUCCGCAACCUGUGCCACCCUCUUUUUUGGGUGUAGAUACUCAGGAUGACAUCGACGAAGCACCACGUUUCUCUCUCGGUUCAAAAACAGAUGGAGAGGCAACUACAACUCAGACUUCUGGAAACUCGACUAGUGAGAUUGAAGCUCUUAAGUUGCGGAUUGCUGAGCUUGAGAUGCGAACCCAGAAUGAUGCGCCAACGCCAUCUUUGACCCAAAACACGGCAGAUGCAGGGAUUAAACCGGGAAACAAUCAGCCAAAAGUGAUGGCCAACCUAGAGCGAUAUAAGCGGAUGGAGGAAUGCUUGUAUCUUCAUCGGAAAGAAUGGGAAUCAGACGGUGGACCGGCCACAUGGAGCAUGAAUGAAUUCAGCGAUAGGCCUGAAUGGAGGGAGCAAAUUGGCCAGUAUGGACCGUGGAGGUAUCUGUGGGAAGUUCAGUCCGACAAGAAAUAUGAAAGACCAGAUCCCUUCGAUCGCUAUCACGUCUGUGAAGCAGGCCACGAUAAGCAAAACAAAACUGAGUAUGACGAGUAUGAUCGAACGAUUGAUUACGGAUAUCGUCGAGAAAGGCUUCGUAAAAAUUUCGAGUGGGAUCUGGACCGUCUAUUCUUAGCAGAAGAAAUGGAGCGUCGACGGCAAGGCAGUGUAUUGCAUAAGCCAAAAGCAUCGGACACACACGCCUCGAACCUGAAAAUGCAGCAUUCCCAUGGCGAUGAUCCCGAGGCUAUGGACGAGACGAGUCUCAUGUUUUAUGCCGCGCCAGAAAUAAAGCGUUUAGACUGGCCUGGAUUCAAGCCACUCGCAAAUUCAUUGGAGAAGGACGCAUAUGCUAUUGACGUUCUCAUCGGAGAGCCUAUUAUUGAAGAUAGUAAUCUCGGUCAAUCUCUAAAUUGGUUUGACUCUCAGCCCCGCCAACAUCAGAAACCAGACUGGCUCAGAGACGGCAAAUUCGCACAAGACGUCGCGGCCGGAUUGGUACAAUUGCCGGAGAGAAUAAGGAUCAAUUCCACCAUUUUGAGGAAGGCCAUGGCCAAGAUUCUUGGAUCAGACGGACAAUCAUUAGAUGAUACCGGAGAAGGAUCUGUAUCGGUGAUCUUUACAAGGCCAUUCAAAGCUAUCACCUAUUGCGAGCCUACCCUCCGUCAGUGGCAUGCAGAGUUGGAAAAGAAGCAUAAUAAGGUGCCAGCUCUCACGAAAGAAGACACAGUCGUCAGCGACACAUCUCCUGUUUCCCCACAACAAACUGUCCAAGAGACCGCUGUACCAUCAGUUCCAGUGGGCGAUGAACACCUUGGGAAAGAUUUGACUUCAGAGUCUUUAAUAGACGAACUAAAUACGCCAUCGUCAGACGAGGCUAAACAGAAAAAAGAAGAGCAGAAAGAAGGAAACGCACAAAGUGACGCAGAUUCGCUGAAAGCACUGGGUCACUUAGAGUGCAUCCUCAAAUUCAUCGAUUCGGACAUAUUGGCCAGAAAAUCCGCCCUCGAUGGAGUUGAAAAUCACAAAGCCUUCUACUCCGACCUCUGGCAUCUUUUCCGGCCAGGUACAGAAGUAAUUAGGGCCGAUGGUAAACAGGCUUACAGGGUCAUAAGAACCAGUAGCGCAGCCCAUCGGUUUGUCAACACCAGAUCUUGGUGGGAUAAUAUUGCUGCUCAGAAACGAAGCACAUCGUUCCUUAUAGAUUGUGUGUACAUCGACUUUGAUGGCACUAACUUGGGACCGGUAUAUGUACAGUUCUCAAUCAAAGUUUUUGAGGGGGAGAAAGAAGUUACCUCAUUCGAAGUCUAUCCACUUCGAUUUCAUCGAACAAAACGAGCAGACUUUAGUGAUUCGGAAUGGGAUCAAGUUCAAGAACUUCCAAGUGGCGAAAGAUUUCGCCAAAAGCUCAUCAAUCGGGGUGCAAAGUUUAUGAGCGUGAUCCCGAUGAAACACAUGUACUAUUCUGGUCUGACUUUAGGAGCGCGAGACGAGGUUGAGAGCCAAGUAGUCAUCGACUUCGAUAUCCCCUCAUCUAUAGAUGCCCCCGAUGAUCCAACCAAGCCAAUCCCUCGAGACAAGGAAAAAUGGAAACCAGAAAUACGCAGUGUUAUUACUAAACUCACAGAUCCCGCGGAUAAAGGCUCCAAGGGAGACCUAGGACAAAAGACUUGUCACGGACCAUGCUGCUACGGAGAAUUUGUAUAUGACGACACGUUUAUCGAUCAGAAGGAGGCAACCGAAUAUAUCGAAAGCCUUGUACCAAAAACGCGCGCUAUCGACGAUCACUCCUCGGUUGCAAUUUCACCACGGCCCUUGAAAGAGGUGCAAGCCGAUACAAGCGGCGUGGGUUCCAUUUCAAAUGAUGAGCUUGUCAUUAUGACUCACAGAGUAUUUGGCUUUGUUCUUCGAAGUCGAAAAUGGGCAAAAUUGGAUCUCUCCUAUAUUACCGAUGUUCACUCUUCAAUCCCCAUCGAGAUAGGAGACAAUUCGGCAGUCGAGCCAAAUACUGACGAGGCGGAACCCAGUACUGCUCUUGACCGCCUUGUCCUUGAAGAAGGGCAUCGGAAUAUGAUUGUGUCGCUUAUCUCGCAGCAUUUCCGUGAAAAGGCAUCGUCGAGGUCACAGAAAGAAGAAUUUGACAUUGUUAAAGGGAAAGGAAAGGGUCUUAUUCUACUCCUCCAUGGCGCCCCUGGAGUAGGAAAAACAUCUACAGCUGAGGGUGUCGCGGAGCUGUUUCAGAAACCCCUGCUACAGAUCACUUGUGGUGACCUUGGGUCAACAGCACGAGAAGUUGAAGAGGCGUUAGAGACGAACUUCGCAAUGGCAAGCAAGUGGGGAUGUAUCUUGCUACUUGAUGAAGCAGACAUCUUCCUCGCCGAGAGGACUAGGGAAGACUAUGUGAGAAAUGGACUUGUAGCCGUCUUUCUUCGCACUCUAGAGUAUUACAAUGGUAUUUUGUUCUUGACAACGAACCGCGUCGGCGACUUUGACGAAGCAUUCACAUCACGAAUUCACGUCAGCCUAUAUUACCCUGAGCUUGACCACAAGAAGACAAUCCAAGUGUUCAAGCUUAAUCUGGAAAUGAUCGAAAAGCGUAUAGCCCAGAAAGGAAAGACGAUUCAGUUAGACAAGACGGACAUCUGCAUGUUCGCGGGCGAGCACUUUAUGAAACACGAGCAUGCGCGCUGGAAUGGCCGACAAAUCCGCAACGCCUGCCAAACAGCACUGGCACUGGCUGAGUUUGAGGCACAAGGGAACAACCACAAGGCCGUUCAGAUACCCAACGCUGCCAUAAAGCUCGAAGUGCGACACUUUAGUGUGGUACAAGACGCAUACCUUGAGUUUGCCAAGUAUAUGAACGAUCUAUAUGGCACAAACGCUGCUAGGAGGGCAAAAGAAGCGAGACUCCGAGCUUUGUGGGAGCUUGAACGCAACAUCAACCUAAUGGACAAAUCUUCAUUCAUGCUUGGGGUACAGAAUCAGUCACAAGCAACUUCUCAACGGUACCCACCAUCUCAACAAGGAUUCCGCCCACCCAAUUUUCAGCAGCAAAGCUUCCCGCAACAAUCACAGCAUCAUGGCUUUCCCCCCAACCAGUUCUACGAGCAACAACCUCCAUCGCACCAGAAUCCCAACAUGGCGAUGCCUCAGCCGAUGCAUUCCAAUAACCCUCAGAUUCAUGUCCAAGAGGAAUUGCCAGGAAGGCGAUCAUGGGACUCCCAGUCUGGAAAGCCAUUUGGAGCUAGUGAGGAUGAGAAUAGAUCCAGAGAACUUCCUCGGUCAACCCCUAUACCAUACCAACAGCAGCAACAAGGUAGCCAGAACUGGGUGCAGCAGAGCGUUCAAAGUAUGUAUGAGGGUGCCGGAAAUCAAGAUGGCUUCGGAAGCUCAGACGGCGAUUAUUCUUUAGGUACUAGGAGAUAGGGACUUGUCGCGCUUCAAUGAAUAAUGGAACACAUAUAUGGCUCAAAUCUCGCUGCCUUUUUUUUAAGUUGCAUGCGACCAUUAAAAACUCAUAUACUUAAGUGGUAAAGUCUAGUAUAAGGUACUAUAGGUAGAUACCUCAGGUAGCUCAUACAUUCAAG